CUAGAAUGCCCGGAUGUUAAGGCUGAACUUUACACGCUUAUACAACGGUUAAGGUUUUUUUUUAAACAUUUAAAUCCUUUCUUCACUUCAAAGUGACGUUUACAAUACGAUCCCGUUGUUUCUCUUGUUUUUACGUAAUAUAUUUGUUUAUUUUUAGCACGUCGAUAUUUUGUUGUUUAUUUUUAAUAUAGCACUCGUUAUUUCAGCAUCGCUAUCAUGCCAUAAUCCGAUUUAUUAAUCUGACACUUUAGUGACCGAUAUUUGAAAAUAAAUCUACAUAUUGUAACUAUCAACGGAUAUUGUAAUUUUAUACAGUUGACAAAAAUCGUUAAUAAAUUCGUUAACACAAACUCCGUUAACGCCAAACGUUAAACCGUCUGCGACGCUUAACACGCAACAUUUUACUUUUAACACCGAUUUACGAAACAUUUCGCUAUUUAUUCUUAUUCAAACGUUUUACACGAACCUCUCCUCGCUAAAACAUCAACACACACACAACUCGUUAACACCACGCACACAUCACAUGAUUUAGUAACAAUUCAUGUAAAUUCUUCACAAACACAUUGAAAAUACAAUACUUUUAUUUUAAACCUCACUAUUUUUUUUUUAACAUUUAUAAAUCCCGAAGCGCCUUACUCGACAACAUUCGUAUAAAAAUCUUUAAAUAUUUAUUUUGCACCAACCAACUUGUACCCCGGGUAUCCUUAAGGCGGCCACACACACAAUGGCGUGAGCAGCUGACAGAGCCACACGCACCAAACACCCAUCAGUAACAACAACAACAACAACCUCAACAACUACAACCACCACAACUACAACAACUACAACAACCACAACAACAUCCCGCUCGUCACCGAACACAACAAGCGAAGGCGGCUGGCAGAAGGAGGGAGAUACGGAGGAGGAGGAGGACGAAGACACCGACGACAAAAACACCACCAACAACAAACCCCACUCGAGUUGUGGUUGUGGUGGUGGUUGUUGUUGUAACAACAACCUCAACAACAAGCAGCUCGUCACUGAACACAACAAGCGGAGGCGGCUGGCAGAAGGAGGGAGAUACGAAGGAGGAGGACGACACCGACGACAAAAACCCCACUCGAGUUGUGGUGGUUGUUGUUGUGGUUGUGACAACAACAACAUCCCGAACACAACAAGCGGAGGCGGCUGGCAGCAGCAGAAGAAGAAGACGAAGCAGGAGGAAGAGGGAGGACGAAGACACCGACGACAAAAACCUCAACAACAAACCCCACUCGAGUUGCGUUGUUGUUGUUGUGGUGGUGGUUGUUGUUAUUAUUGUAACAGCAACAGAGACGAUGCCGCAAGGCUUCAGCUUAGACUUGGACCUCCAUGGCCCCUCGUCGGUGUACCGCUGGUUCGGAUCGCUGUGCCCCUCGUCGCGCCUCGAGUUCGCCUGCGGCCUCCUCGACCUCUUCAACCCUCUGGAGCUUCGCUUCGUCGCCGCCUGCCUCGAGGAGUUGGCCCGCAAGGACUUCCACUCGCUGCGGGACGCCGAGGCCAGGGCCAACAACGCCGACGACGUCGUGAUGAUGAUGAUGAUGGAGGAGGGGGGUGGUGGUGGUGGCGAUGGUGAUGGUGGUGAUGGUGGUGACGGUUAUGAAGACGAUGGCGGCGGUGGUGGUGGUGGUGAUGAUGGAGGAGGAGGAGGACGACAUCGCGUUGGAAGUGCAGGAGGAGCAGGGCACGGACACAUUGGUGUUGUGCUCGGUGGUGGUGGAAGUGGUGGAGGUGGUAGUGGUGGCGGUGGUGGAGGUGGUGGAGGAGUCAUUGGAGGUAUCGAACGCGAUGCCGCUACCGGCACAACAACAACAUCGACCGCCGCUGUUGGCCGCGGAAUCUCCGCGGGGUCUUUGGCCGCCCCCGGUGUUGUUCACGGAGGAGGAGGCCGAGGAGGAGGCCGAGGAGGCCACCAUCACAGGGGCCUACCCCUGACCGCCUCGGCCCGCAGCCGGCUCGUCGUCUCCGCCGCUCUCCUCCGCUCCGACAACCGCGAGGCCGCCUCGGCCCUCUACGCCGCCCUCGGAGGAGCGGCGCUGGCGGAGGACACCGACGACGGGGACGAAGACUGCGACGAGACGGUCACCCUGCUACUCACCAUGGCCGCCAACCACCCGGCCUUCUCGUUCCAGCAGAAGCGGACGCUCAGGAGGAGGCUCGCCGCCCUCCAGAGAGGGGCCCGAGCAGCGGCCGAGCAGCAGCUGGAGCAGCAGCAGCAGGCGGCGGGGGCCUCGGGCGAAGAGAGCGACGCAAGCCAACAGCAGCAGCAGCAGCGUGGCAAGACAACGCCAAAACGUAAAGUGCCAGGUCCCGAGGGCGAGAGCCUGAGUGACGACACCGCGUCCACCUUCUCCAGCCAAGAUUCGCCGUCGUACGGCGGCGGCAGCGGCGGCGGCGGAAGCGGCAGCAGCAACGUGACGGCGUCGUCGCCCCCCUACCCCGCCUCCAUCGAGAGGAUCGAACGCAAGAACCUGUCGAAGAGGAAGGGGGAAAGGUGCACCGAGUAUUACCUGGAGGUGUUUUGGUCGGACGGCUCGACGGUGACCCUGUCCAAGACGUACCAGGAACUUCACGACUUUCUCUCCAAGCUCCCUCAAAUCUUCCCCAACGACCACCUGGAGAGGCUCUUCCCACCCCCGCCGGCCCGGGGGGCGACGGCAUUCUCCACCCACCGCACCGACUCCUCGACGGAGAGGCCCACCCCGUCGGCCGAGAGGUCCCUUCCUCCGCGGUCCCCGUGCCCAAGCCCCGGCCCAUCGGCCCCGUCGCCGACGCGGAAUCACGAUCACUCGGUCUUCGGGCCCCGCUCGUCCCCGACGAGGCCCCACCCGUCGGCGGGGCGCGACGUGAGGACGACGACGAGCGUGGGGGCGGCUGCGCGACCUCCGACCCCGCGCACGCGGAGCAACUCGCGCGACAAGCAGGCGGAGCGUGCCAACACACCCUCGGCGGCGGCGGGCGGAGGGGGCGGGCGGCACGCGCGGCCCCGGAGCCGGGAUGAGCGGCACGGCUCGUCGGUGGCGCCAGCGGCGAGCUACGACGGGCGGCCCAACGGCGUGGAGGAGCGGGCGGAGCGGGCCGAGUGGGCCCCGCUGGGCCGGAUCGUUUCGCCCGGGCGACACGCGCACGGGAGGACGCGGGACGACGUGACGGACCGGCAACGCUGCCUGCCGACACGGUCGCCAACUGGAUCACCGCUGCCGACGGAGAAGGGCGGUGGUGGCGGCGGCGGUGGCAGAGCGAUGGUGUUCCACUCGCCUCCGGCGCACGGCGAGAAAAGGCCAGUGGACGUGGAGGCGGCGAUGAGGCAGCUGCUGGCGAGCGCACCGGCCCACGUGCUGCGCAGCGUGCACGUGCGAGGGUUCCUGCACGGCGGAUCUCUCGCCAGGGCUCACCACCAUCACCGUGGCGGCGGCGGCAUCCACUCGGCGCAGGGCGGCGGCACUCACCUUUCUAAAGAGGCGGCGGCGGUUGGAUCGGCUUCGAGAGGUGGCGGGCAGUUGACGGUGAAUGCGUGCAAGUCCCUCCCGGGCGGCCCCACGGCCUCGCCGGACCACGGGUCGGUGGGCCGCGGCGGCAGCCCGCAGCUCAUGCUGGCCGGCCUGCCGCCCGCGUCGCCCACCUCCCGGCACGGUGACACCGCGCCGGGCGCGCACGGUUCGGAGGUGGUGGGCGUCCUCGACUGGCUCAAGAAGCUCCGACUGCACAAGUACUACCCCGAGUUCAAGCACCUCAGUAUGGAGCAGUUCCUGAACCUGAGCGAGGAGGACGUGGACAUGUUUGAGAACCUCACGGAAGGCGCGAAGAAAAAACUCAGGACUCAGCUGGCAAAGGAGCGAGCCGAGAAAUUUGGCGGCGUUUCGGAGUCGUACCCACUGAGCAACGGCGUCACCAGAGUGCCUUCUUCUCACCACAGCCCUACCCACAAUUCCCGGCACAACCCUGCCCACAAUGCACAGCGAAGCCCCUCCAUCAACUCGUCCCGGCGGGCUGACGACGCGGCCGAGAGGUCGGAGUCGCCGGGCAGCAGGGACCACAGCCAGGACGGACGGGAGCGAGCACACCGGAGCAAGGAUCGCGGCGAGAGAGGCGCGCGCGACGGCUCCGCGAAGGAGAAGCCGCCGACCUUCCCGUCGCACCCCAUCAACCAGGCCAUUUGCAUCAUGAGGCCGACCGCGCAGGUGACGCCCGUGCAGAACCCUUCCGUCCAUCCACCGCUGCUGGUGCCCCACUCGGCGCCCCACUCGACCCCCUACUCGGCGUGCCCGUCGUCCCUCUCCUCGUCGCACCUGGGAUCGCACCCGAGCUCGGCGCACGCCGUCGGCAGGCGGAAAGAGAACGCCGGUGGCCUGCCCCUCCCGCCGGAGCUGCCCGGCGCCGACGGCCCAGCCCACGGGACCGGCGAGAUCCGGUUGGGCGGCGGUGGCGGCGGAGGGCGCUUCAUUUCCGCCUCGCCGCUCGUGCACCUCGGCUCGCCGGCGCUGCCCUCGGGUUUCGCGUCGCGCGGGAAAGCAACCGUCACCGCCUUCGGCAGCAGCGGUGGCAGCAGCAGCAGCAACAGCAGCAACAGCAGCAACAGCAGCAGCAGCAACAGCAGCCGGAGCAGCAUGGAGUCGCCGGAGAUGUCGAGGCUCCUGCCGCAGCCGGUGCCGGUGCAGGUGUCGCGGCAGGACGACAGCGGUGGGCCGGGCAGCCCGUACAUAUUCACCGGCGGCGGGCACCCGCAGCACCAACAGCAGCAGCACGGCAAGACGUCGCUUCACGAGCAUCCGGCGCCAGCGACUCAGCAGCAGCAGCAGCACGCGCCGCAGCAAGUGCCCCCGCUGCAUCUCUACGCCGUGGAAUCGGACGCCUUCCCUCCGAGCGGCAAGCACUCGCUCGCCGGCGCCAAACCCCCGACGUUGGAAGCGCCGGCAGUGAUGCCGGGUGGGGUGCUCGCCGGCGGGUACUGCACGACGCGGGGCGCCUUCCCGGCGCACGGUGCCGGCGCCGGCAGCGGUGGCGGCGUUCUGCUCGCGCCCGUCUACAACGGCGGUGGCGGAUCGGAGGCGGAGCUGAACGGCACCGGCUUGGGAGCUCCGAGCCACCAACACCAGCAGAGCUGUUGCAGCAGCUGCAGCUCGUGCGGUUGCAGCGGUGGCUGCGGCGGCACCCGUGGGUUGCCGCUAAGUUACCCAUACUUCCAGCCGUUCUCGACGCCGUUCAUCGGCUUCCCGGUCAUCCCCAUGAGCAGUGCGAUGUACGGCAGCUUUGUGGGCGCCGGCGGAAACCAGCAGCAGCAACAGCAGCACCAGCAGCAGCAGCACCAGCAGCAGCAGCACCAGCAACAGCAACACCAGCAGCACCAGCAGCAGCAGCAACACCAGCAGCAGCAACACCAGCAGCAACAGCACCAGCAGCAGCAGCAGCAUCACCAUCAACAGCCUCACGCGCAGCAGCAGCAGCAGGGCUCGUACGGUCAGCCAAUGGCACAGCAGCCGACGGUGGGCGGCCACGCGAAUCAGGCGGCAGCGGCGUUCUACAUUCCAUCGCCGGCGCCGUUUGCGGGGCACGAGCCGGGCUCCCUGGGGGCGCUGACGGGGAUGGCGCUGCCUUACCAGCGCGCGGUGUCCGACGCGUACCUCUUCCACCAACACCACCACGGCCAGCAUCAUGUUGUCCAGCAGCAGCACCAACAGCACCAACAACAGCAGCAGCAGCAUGUGCAGCCGGCGCUGCACUACCAGUACAGCGUGGGGCCCCGGCGGCACGGCGGGCUGCCGACGCUGUCGUGCUACAACUGCGGGGCGUGCGGUCACCGCGCCAGCGAGUGCAAGCACCCCACGAUGGAUACCAACCAGCAAGGCACGUUCCGGCUCAAGUACGCGCCGUCGUCGGAAAACGUCGACUCGUCGGACUGACGGAAGGGGCCCUCCGCUGAGCCCUUACCUCGUCAGGAGCGCCACGGGGAGAGAGACGCGUCGACUCCAUCCUCCUCCAUCCUCCUCCAUCCUCCUCGACACCUUCCGCGGCCGAUGUGGCUACACAGCCGCCUGCCAGCAUCACCCUUCAUGCAAGAGGCCAGCCGGCCGCCGCGAUUUGCCGAGAGAUGACGUCGAGAUGUCGACGUCGGAGGGGUUGGUGUUGAUUUUAGCCGCCGAGUUAAGACCGCGGCGGUCCGUUUGGGGGGGAGUUUAACGGCACGCGUCUCUUGGCAGUGGUUGCCGCACGGGGAUUGAAUUACUCGCUGAAUAUUUUGCCGGUUGCUGGCCGACCGGAGUAGGUCUCAAGAUGGGGAACCGUACAGUCGCCAUGGCCCGAACGAGAGGUGUCCUGGACGUGGCGUGCCGGGUGCGGACACGAUUUCCAGGUCACUUAUCCGGCUUGAAGUUAAGUCCUGUCGCCGAACCAUUUGAUAUUGUGAAAUAGUUUAGUUUCCCAAAUCUGGAUGAAUUUUCACCUCCGAUGAUCCUCUUGGUUGGGGGGGGUUGCGGGGGACGUCCAAUAAUUUCACUCGCAGAGGUCACGUGACCCGCGGUCGUGUGUUCCCUGAUCGUCGUCGGCCACGCACGUUUUUCCUUUCGACAGACUCCUCGUUUCCACUCUGCAGACGGAACUCCGUCACUCCAAUGCCGUUGCCUUAGCAAGUUCUGCCGCGUUAGUAAGCGAAAAAAAGCGUCGUCGUCCUAAAAUUUGCCGAGCGCGCCGUGCCCCCCUCCCCGGAGUCGACCAUCGCUUCACUUUUGACCAGGAGGAGAAGAGGCGGUGGUGGGGGGGGGGAGAGCGGCGGGCGCGUCGAGACGCGCGACACAAACGUCGCCUCCCCUUUUGCAACAAUCCGGCGACCCCGGUGGGGGGGGGUGUGCGGUGGUGUGGCGGCAGAGAUGCCACAGUUUACAUAGCAACAAGAAGUGCUGUUGAAGUGGUUUUUUAAAUUCGCCGCGCGACGGCCCUGUCGAGGGGAGAGGUUUUGUUUUUGUAUUUUGCAGGCUGACCGAAAACCGCAGUCCCACCCCGCCACUUAACGGUCGUGAACGAGAGGAGGACAUUUGGGGGGGGGCGGUGUGACGUUUGCUAAGUCGUCACCCCGCACCGAGUUUUAUUUGUUUUUCCCGAAGCAGUUUUGUUUUUUGCGAAAAAAGAAAAAAAAAACGCCAUUAUGGUAUUCUCUUCGUACGGAACUUUGGGUGAUCAUUUUGUACCCCGCGUGAAAUGCAUGCAGUCGAAGCUGUACAUUUUUUUGUCGACUUAUUCUUCGAGAGAGAGAGGGAGCGUGCGCGCGUGGGUAUUUUGAGAAUGUUUGUAAAAAAAAAACGACGACAACACAGCAAAAAUUUUAAGUGAAAAGUGCUUAAACGUAAUCGCGAGUUUACAAGUCGGUCGAUCUCGUGGGAAAAUGUUGCGGCGAGCGAGCGAGAUUACAUUUAUUUUAGUAAGGAGACGAGCUAAAGCGCUUACCGACCCCGUUUUCCGCGUUUCGUUGCACGGAUUGUAACCGUCAGCGGCUGCAGUGACUGUUUUAUUCCCCCCGCCAAAAUAUACAACGGUUGCGUUCGACAAAGAACAACCACUUAAAGUUAGCACGGUUGUUUUUGGAAUUUAAAGUGUGCACAUUUAAAAAAACCAUAUAUAUACCUUUUUCAUAUUAUUAUUAUUAAUUAUUUAAUUCAAAAUAAAAAGUAUAAUUUCUUUCGAGGGAAAAACUAACUAGCAUUUAACCAAUUGUUGUUGUUAACAUUGUUGACCAGUGAUGCAAUAGUAGUUUUUAUUUUAAUUUGUUGUCUCGCACGAGUCCACAGUGCCACCUGUGGAGUGUUUUUGUUUGCGUUCAUCGGUUGGAUUUUGUUGACAGUGUUGAUUCACCCUACCCCCCACUCCACCCACCCAAAGCUGAUACAGGGACUCUUCUACUUACGAACAAGUUAGGUUCCAGAGGUCUGUCUGUCAGUCGAUUUUAAUCGUAAGUCCAACUUUACUCCUGUCGAUUCCCAACACAUUGUACGGCGUGUACACUAAACACGGGGAAUGGCUUUAAAAUUAGUAUAAUCUCCUGUAGAUGUAGAUGCCACUGGAUCCUUACGUUCCGCAGGCGUAGAUGCCACCGCCGCCGCCAUCUAUUGCGCGUGGAGGUUGAACUUACGAAUGUCGGUCCGAACAGGCGACUGGACAUACGGGCAAGUUUGUUCGAACUCUCUAAAAGUUCGUAAGUCGAAUGAUAGUAAGUAGAGGAGUUCCCUGUCUUCCGUUCUAUAUGGCAGUGCGAUUAGGGUUGGCCCGCUCGUUAACGGAGUUGGGGAGGGGGGGGGGCGAGUUUCUUAAAUCCCCAGACCCUCCAAAACCGCCCGGUUGACCCAGCGGUAACUAAUGGGUUUCACCAGUCGGUCGGUCGGCCGGUCGGCAGGCAGGCAGGUCCUCGAUGGAGGGGUAAAAUGUGGGUGGUCCUUAACGUUUUGCAAGACCGUCUGGCAGCGUGGAAGAGUAGGCCAACUACUCCCUGGUGGGGUGGGGGGGGGCUCGGCGGAGACGGCCGGUGCGAGGGGGUUCUCUGAGGCCCCUUUUCGCCAGCCUUGGCGUGAGCGAGCACUUGCAGGGCUGCACCUUGACCUCUGCUUUUGAAAAGGUUGCUUUUGCACCACACUGAGAGGUCACUUAAAGGUUGUCCCGUUCGAGUUGGGGUGGACGUUCCCUCCCCCCCCUCUUUUGAGUUUGAGGAAUUGUCGUCGUCGUUCUGCACUAAUAAGACGGCGGGGAUGCACUUGAGCUGAGCGACAGAAUUCCCUUUCGAUUCCUCCUUCGACAAAAAGUGUCAAACUGCUCGCCAUCGUUCGUGGGCAUCUCGAUAGCCCCCCCCCAACCUCUCAUCCCUCCCUCCCCCCGCGCGGUUCGCACGUUCUUCCAAGGAGCCAACUCGCUCUUGAUAAAAAACAAAACACAACGGGCUCGACGAUUCGGCUGGGCUCGUUCAUUAUCUGCGGUGUAAUUUUCAAAGUGAAGAAGAGCAUUUAAAGAGCACCUGCCCCCCCUCCCCA